AAUGUAAUUCCAUUGCUCCAUCCAUCUCUCUCGCUCUUUUGUUUUUUACGGUGCUUCUUUCACUAAGCAUCGUUUUCAGUUUCAGUGCCAUAAUUUUUGUUUUCCUCUCCAUUUUCUGCAGAUAAGUUCUUCUGAGUAUUUGUGAUUUGUCAUCUCUCAUUCUUUUUUUCUCUUUAAAUCGCGCAGAAAACAUCUUUGACCGUUCUUGAAGCUGAAAGAAGAUGGGCAGAGCAUCGAGAUGGUUUAAGGGCAUUUUCGGUAUGAAAAAGAGCAAAGAGAAAGAGAACCGAGUUUCCGGCGACGGAGGAGGAGAAACCGGUGGGUCCCUCAUUCGCGGAAAAACACUCCAAGCAGACUCGGUCUGGCUCAGAGCCUACUUGGCAGAAACAGACACAGAACAGAACAAACACGCCAUUGCGGUUGCUGCCGCCACUGCCGCAGCCGCAGACGCAGCGGUUGCAGCGGCCCAAGCUGCCGUCGCGGUGGUCAGGCUAACAAGUAACGGAAGAGGGGGAGGAUAUUCACGGACCACAAUGGAACGGUGGGCAGCCGUUAAAAUUCAAACAAUCUUCAAGGGCUAUUUGGCGAGGAAAGCGUUAAGAGCGUUGAAAGGUCUAGUGAAGCUACAAGCUUUGGUGAGAGGAUACUUAGUCCGCAAACGCGCCGCUGAAACGCUUCAUAGCAUGCAAGCUCUCAUCAGAGCACAAACGAGCGUUCGAUCUCAACGGAUCAACCGCAACAACAUGUUACAUCCUAGACAUUCUCUUGAGAGAUCUGAUGAUUCCAGAAGCGAUAUCCAUAGCAAGCGAGUAUUAGUAUCUGUCGAGAAACAUAGCAACAACAACACGUACGAUGAGACUAGUCCCAAGAUUGUUGAGAUUGACUCUUACAAGACGAAGUCAAGAUCGAGGAGAAUGAACUUUGAUGUAUCUGAACAUGGAGAUGAUUUCGAGUGGAGUUUUCCAGGAGAUAAAUGUAAGUUUCCUACGGCUCAAAACACGCCGAGGUUUUCUUCAUCAGCCGUGAAUAAUCAUCAUCACUACUAUUACACACCACCUUCGCCAGCUAAGAGCGUUUGUAGAGACGCUGGUUUAAUAAGACCAAGUCAUCCGGGUUUGAUGUCACCGAGCUAUAUGGCUAAUACGCUGUCGUUUAAAUCCAAGUUGCGCUCACAUAGUGCACCGAGACAGCGUCCUGAUAGAAAGAGGUUGUCGCUUGAUGAGAUUAUGGCGGCUAGAAGUAGCGUUAGCGGCGUGAGGAUGGUCCAACCGCAACCGCAACAAGAAAAACGCUCUUCUUGUUCUUAUGAUCGUCAGCUUCCUCAAGAACCGGAUGAUUUUAGAUACUAUAAUUAGAAAGAAACGUCAUUCUCGUCCUUAAAGAAGAGAUCGUCAGUCUUUAGACUUUUCUUUUUUAUAUUUGGUUAUUUAUUUCUCGUUCUUAUUUUUUGUAAAUUUUUGCUUUUGGAAAAGUGUUACAUUUUUUCAAUU